AAACGGACGUCCGGCUGCUAUGAGUCACAAGUGUAACCCCACCGCAAGUUCUUUUGCUUGGUUCUCAGCAUCUUCGAAAGGGACGUCUAUAUAAGAUAGGAAUGGCAUCGGUGAACGCGCAGAGUAACCUCGUUCAUGGAGAAAGCGUUUGGUUAGAGAGUGAAACUCGACGCAUCGCAAACGUUCCCUGUCUGGGCCACCGGUUACAAAGAUCUUCAAUUAGCGGCAACAACUUUGAAUCGCGAUAACAUUUAAGAAUGAUGUUGCGGUUCGUUUGGUUACUGGGUAUAGUCGUUCAUGGUUUUGCCACACAAGUGACAGUGAAUAAUCCCGAAUGGUCGUGGCAAACAGAAGACACGAUACCAACCAGCGAAUCCGAUAAUCAAGACAAAGCAGAGACUCAGGAUAAAAGAGCUAUUUUUGAUGCAAAUGUAAAUGGAAACAUCGAAAUUGUCAAUCCACCUAACGAACAACGAUCGGUGGAAUCGGUGGUCGAUGAAAUUCUCGUCUCUAAUCGACAGGGUCGCAACAUCGAGGGCUUCGAUCAACUGUAUGCAGACCCGGACGUAAAGAACGCGCUUCAAUUGGGAAACGAGACGAUUGCUCGAACGUACAUCAGGGACAAGCUGUGCUCUCUUGGACUGAUGAACUGCGAGAACGUCGAGGGACGUCGCCCUUACUAUUCACCUCAUCGCGGAAUAUAUCCCCAAGAUAUAAUUUACGCUCAACCGGUGACCAUCAAACCCGUUGGAAGACCUCUGCCAGCCAUUCCAAUCAAACGACCAUACGGUUCAACAAGACCAGGACUACCACCACCGCCACUACCACCACCACCACCUAGUUUUGUUUCGUCUGGACCGCCACCGGAAGUGAUCUAUGGAGCCGGUAGUGCUCCACAUCCUCCAUCAUCAUUCGGUCCUCCACCCGGUCUAAUCGGUUCUUAUCCUGCGUUCAAGAAACCCGGUCCUCCCGCAUUCUCCUCGAAGCCAGUCUACGAGACAGGAUCCCUAAGCGAAAGUUUCGACUUCGAAAGCAAUAGUCAGUUCAUCGACAAGAAGCAAAUCGCGUUGAGACCGUCGGUCGGUUCUGACGCUGUUCAACAACACGUUCACCACCAUUAUCAUCACUCUGAUGGCACUGUUGGCGCAACGAUAGCUGGUGGGUCGUCGCUCGGCGCAAACCCGAUCAGUCAAGGGGUUGGGCCUCUUAGUUACGGGUCCAGUUACGGAAACAUAGGCACAAGCUACGACAUCCCUAGCUCUGGGGUACUUGGCGGUGGGUUCCAAGAUUUGGACGAUUACAAGAAAGCGUUCAAAGUGAAAGGGCCAGGAGAAAACGAGGCGAACGGAUUCAGUUCCGCGUCGGCGAGUAGCUACGCCGACAAGUAUCCGGUCUACGAGAAACCAACGCGUGACUUCGGCUACACCAAGCCAGAGAGCCACAAGACUGGCAAAUACUUCACUGCGGGCAACUACGUCUCUUCCAAUGCGGUUCACGCUUCUUCCAACGAUUAUCUCGCUUCCGGAUCGACCAACAACUUCUUGUACGGGAACGGUAACGACAACGAUGCCUUCAAAAAUGAUUUCUUCACGGCUAACGGAGAAUGCGUUUGCGUACCGUACGAACAAUGUCCGCGCGAACACGCAGGACGUAAAGACGACUUGUUCCUUGCCAUUGAUCCUCGUAAUUUGAAUAAAAAUAUCGAAGCUGAGGGAAUAAUAGCGGCAGAGAAGACUGGAGCAAAUGGAACAACUACGAUCGUGCAGAUAGCGAAGAAUGGAGAGGUCGACUCGAACGCUUCCCAAAUUUCUGCCGAGGAGGAACAAUCAACGGAAGAACAAGCAGAUGUUAGGAACAAGAGGGAGGCAAUUAGCGACGAAAGCAUCGAAGGCAGAAAGAAGUCGAACGGAGAAGGGAGACUCGAUGCUAGCGAUCUGGACUCUUCGAAAUUAAACCUCAAGCCGACCUGGGGGAUCAGUUUCGGUCUACCGCAAACCGGUGGCCCGUACCCGAUCAAUCCUUACGGCGACAAUGUCCUGGUAAAUCCGUACAGAGGCUACGGUUCCGUCGAUCAGGGCAUUAAUUUAGGCCUGGUUUCCGUGAAUCCUCUGCUAGCUGUACAGUUCACCAAAGACGAGUACGGCGACAAAGUGGUAAAACCGUUUGUCAAUUUUCACGUAACGCCUAACCGAAAUAUCGUGCAGAAACUCGGCCAUCUGCUCUCGCACAAGAAGCAAACGCUGUUCGAAAAUUACGGGGCCAACUACGCGCCGCAUUAUUACCCACCCAAACCAGUCGAAUUUUACGAGAAACCGUACUACGUGAAACCUCAUCGUCCUCUCUAUCAUUACGAAUCUCCUUAUCCCAACGAGUACUCAGAUUACCAUCGAGACGGCGAUGACGAUUACGAUUACGAUUACGACGGCUAUUAUCGUGAUAACGCGCGCAACAACGGCGGCAGAACGCCAGCUGCCGAUGCGAACGAGCGAACGGUUCCGAAAGAAAGGACCGAUGGGAAAGUUUCGUUUCCGAAUAGAAGAAAGCGUGACGUAGACUCGGCGCGGUUGCAAUUAUCCGAAGGUAUAAUGGAGAGACAAUAUCUAGGCGUCGGUUCUUCUCGAGCUUGUGGUCCUGGCUAUGUUUGCUGUUCGCAAAGACAACCAUCGAGGAGGCCACGACCAGGUCAAUGCGGAGUCAGAUACACUCAGGGAAUAAAUGGAAGGAUCAAGACACCCUCUUACGUUGACGGCGACGCUGAAUUCGGCGAAUAUCCCUGGCAAGUGGCGAUAUUGAAAAAGGAUCCAACGGAAAGCGUGUACGUGUGCGGCGGUACUCUCAUUUCUCCUCGACACAUCCUCACUGCAGCACACUGUGUAAAAACCCACGCAGCGCGAGAUCUUCGCGUACGACUAGGAGAAUGGGACGUGAACCACGACGUUGAAUUCUACCCUUAUAUAGAACGUGACGUUGCAAAUGUUCACGUGCACCCCGAAUUCUACGCCGGUACCCUUUACAAUGAUAUCGCGAUACUGAGGAUCGAUCAUGAGGUAGAUUUUCAGAAGAAUCCGCACAUUAGCCCUGCCUGUUUACCGGACAAACGUGACGAUUUCACUAGAAGCAGAUGCUGGACAACUGGUUGGGGCAAGGAUGCUUUCGGUGACUUUGGAAAAUAUCAAAAUAUCUUGAAAGAAGUGGACGUGCCUGUGGUCAGCAAUGCGAUUUGCGAACAGCAAAUGCGGCGAACGAGAUUAGGUCCAAGUUUCAACUUGCACCCUGGAUUUAUUUGCGCUGGUGGAGAAGAAGGGAAGGAUGCUUGCAAAGGUGAUGGCGGUGGACCGAUGGUCUGUGAACGCAAUGGUGGUUGGCAACUGGCAGGAAUCGUAUCAUGGGGUAUUGGCUGUGGACAACCAGGCGUUCCUGGAGUAUACGCCCGUGUCUCUUAUUAUCUCGACUGGAUUCAACAAAUUAUCAAUCAAAUAUCGAUUAUUUCGAGAAUCGUAGGAAUUGUAGAAAACAUGGUAAUAAAAUAUAUUGGACGGACACAUUACCUCAAAGGCAAACCAUUAUGGGAAAUAUUGGGAAAUUUGAAAAAUCAUGGUGUAGGUAGACUCGUAAUACGAGGUACUCAACAAAGGUAUCCUGAAAUAUCCUAUAUGAAGAUACUGAAAGUUGCUGGAUUACCAGAUGAUCCACGAAAAGUGAUAGUAUUAGUAGAAAGAGUUUUUAGAGGUCAAAAAUCUCCUAUACUAGUGCAAAUGGAUGGAACAACUUAUAAGCCAGAUUUUAUGUUGGUUCCCAAAGAUCAAGAAGCAAAGUAUAUAAAUGCCACUGAAACACCACAACUAAGAAUUAUGCCACAAAUAACAAACUUUCCUCCUCUUUUGGAAGAGAUGUUAAUACAAGAGGCACAAGAACAAGGAAAAGAUGUAGCUGAUAUAAAAUUAAAACUUAUAUAUAGUCCUCUGGGUAUUAAAAGUUACAGAAUUGCUGAAGAAGGUGAAGCUCCUACAACUGAAAUAAAAAUAGGAUUAGGACAGCCAGCAAGCCCUAGUUUGUAUGAGAAUAUUAAACAACAGAAUGCAUCAUGAAUAUGAUUCAAUAUGCAUUUUAUCUUGUAAUUUAAUAAUAAAGAUUAAGUAUUUCUCAA